AUGCGUAUGAAACUCAAGGAAAUUUGUGAACGCUUGGAUGGCGAUCUUUCUGGGGACGGUAAUAUUGAAAUUACAGGAGUUUCUGGAAUCAAAGAGGCACUCCCAAAUCAGAUUACCUUUGUUGCUAACCCCAAGUACCUCGCCGCCAUAGCGACAACACAAGCAGGCGCGAUUAUUAUUGGCCGCGGUGUCAACGGUAACGGUAAGCCUACUAUCUGUGUUGAGAAUCCGUAUUGGGCUUUCGUCAAAGUUUUAGAAAUGUUCGCGUGGGACAAAAACCAUCGCGCACUUCCCGGAGUUCAUGAGACCGCAAUUUUAGGAAAGAACGUCAAACUCGGUGAGCGCGUCGCAAUCCAAGCGUUUGCCUAUAUCGCUGACAACGUUGAAAUUGGAGAUGAUACCGUUAUUCAGCCCUUUGUCUACAUCGGCGAAGGAACCAAGAUCGGCGCUGAUGGUCUUAUCUAUCCACAUGUCAGUAUUCGAGAAGAGGUAACCAUCGGCAACCGGGUGAUCAUCCACUGCGGCGCAGUUAUUGGCAGCGACGGCUUCGGAUUCGCACCCGUUAGCAACCGACACCACAAAAUCCCCCAAAUCGGAACCGUGGUCAUUGAAGACGAUGUUGAAAUUGGAGCGAAUACGACUAUUGAUAGAGCGACACUUGCUGAAACGCUGAUUAAACGCGGCACCAAAUUGGAUAAUCUCGUCCAAAUCGCACACAACGUUGUCAUUGGAGAAGAUUGUUGCCUCGCCGCGCAAGUCGGUAUCGCUGGCAGCACGACGCUCGGUGACCGAGUCAAUAUUGCGGGCCAUGGAGGCGCAGCAGGACAUCUGACACUCGGCGAAGACAGCGUUGUUUACGCCAAAUCCGCAGUUACCAAGGAUAUGCCCGCCGGUAGUCAUCUGUCUGGAUUCCCCGCACGCCCUCAUAAACAGGAAUUACGAAUUCACGCGGCGACUCGGAGAUUGCCAGAACUGCUCCCUGAAUUCGCAAAACUCCAAAAACGGGUUGCGGAACUGGAAGCGAAAAUUCAAGAGCCAGAGGAUGAAGAUUAA